CAUACCAGCAACUCCUCCCAGCACAGAGCUCCAAGCCCAUCUCCUCCUUCGGGUGGAAGCUGGGUAUGGAAUCUGCGGGCUCCCCCUGUCAUUGAGAUCCAACUGUUGCUGUGACAGACUCCUCUCCAUCACUCAGCUGUCUCCCAUCUCCCACUCUUUGGCUGAACUGAAGCAGCAGAUAUAUUUGGACUUUACUUCCCAUUGGUUGAAACUGUUGUCAUGGCAGCGCUUACAAACAUUCCUUCUGGAAACUCUGGAAAACAGAUGCUUACAGGCCUCUUGUGGGGUUUCUAAAGAAGGAUCUGCUCACUCAGGGAAAAGAAAAUGAAGAAAACAAAUAUGUCUAAGAGAGUCCGAAUUAUGGAAACACUGGAUAUGUAUAAACAUUCUACAAGGCAGAUGACAAGAAAGGACAGAGACGCCAGCAAUGUGACUGAACUAGCUCUACAUUUAGUUCAAAGUGUCAUCGAUGCAGCUGUUACGUUUGUGGAAGAAGCUAAAAAUCCCAUCAAAAAUAUCAAAUGGAUCACUCAUGGUGCAUUCACAGCCGAAAGGGGCCGUAGAGAAAUCGAGAGGUUCAUUUUGACUUGGGAGCAUCAGGACCGGUGGGUGCACCACACAGAGUUUAUACAGAGGGAAGACUGGAUUCACAGCUUCCACUACAUCUACCAUGUACAAUGGAGCCCCGGAAGCGCUCGGAUACCAGUGCCACGAACCAGUGCCUCUGCCUUCUUCACCAUCAAGAUCACCAAAAGCAAACCUCCGGAUGCACCCAUUGAUGUCUCUUAUAUUUUUGAGGGCCAAUCACUAGUUCAAAGGCCAGGAAUGCUUCGAUUUCGAGAAAACUGGCUGAGGGAAAUUGUUGAGAGCAAACACAUUUUACUGGAGUCGGUUCCUUUCUAAUUCAAUUGUAUCUGAUUCUUAAAGAAUGUUUUAGGAUUUCUAAUUAGAAUGCAUUAAAAAUAUGAUACUGCACACCAAACCACAGGAUAUUUAUUGAAUAAUAAACUUGUGGCACAUAAUUCAGCUGUAUUUUGUUUU